AUGGUAGGCCCGUCUGUAACGGAACAAACAGGUUUAUCGUUUUCUCAUUUAAGUUAUUUGACAUUUGAAUCUGUUUUACAGGUUGUCAUUAUUUCAUUCGCCGGUUUCUGGUGUGCUUACACUGGUUUACUACCGAAACAGGGACAAAAGAUCAUAUCCUUAAUCAAUGUGGAUCUCUUCACUCCAUGUUUGAUUUUUAGCAAGUUAGCUAAGUCUUUAUCUUUAGCUAAGAUUUUGGAGAUUGCCAUUAUUCCGUUAUUUUAUGCUUUAACAACAGGUAUUUCCUUCCUCUCUGGUAAGUUUUUAUCUUACGCCUUAGGAUUGGAUGUUGAUGAAAGUAACUUUGUCAUUGCUAACUCGAUUUUUGGUAACUCGAACUCGUUGCCUGUAUCCCUAACUCUAUCUUUAGCCUAUACUUUGCCAGACUUGACUUGGGAUCAAAUCCCGGAUGAUAAUAGGGAUAACGUCGCUUCUAGAGGUAUUUUGUAUCUAUUAAUUUUCCAACAAAUCGGGCAAGUAUUGAGAUGGUCUUGGGGCUAUAAUAAAUUAAUGAGAUGGUCGGAAAACUCAGUUCAUCAUACUAAUAGAUUGUCUUCUCAACUAGAAUCUCAAGAGUCUUUAGGUGCAUCUAAUAAUACUUCGGGCAUAGAUCUUCAAAGUGGAAGUUCAUCGAAUAACGAGGAAAUCAACCUACGUGAUAGCCCCUACUAUGUGGGCACUUUCACAAAGAUAAAACAGCAACUCCUGUUCUAUGUGUCAAAAUUCAUAUCAUAUAUGAACCCUCCUUUGUAUGCCAUGUUGUUUUCAGUUAUUGUUGCAUCUAUUCCCCCAUUGCAACAUGAAUUUUUCAAUGAUGGUGGAUUCAUAAAUAAUACUUUAUCGCAAGCUAUUAGUGAAAUGGGAUCCGUUUCCAUUCCUUUGAUUCUUAUUGUUCUAGGUUCGAAUCUAUAUCCUUCUGGUGAAACAGCUGCACUAACUAAAAACCACAAUAAAUUGGUUUUCGCCUCCAUUAUGGGCCGAAUGGUUCUACCUUCAUGUUUCAUCCUACCUAUCAUUGCAGGUUGUGUUAAAUUCAUCAAGGUAAGUAUUUUGGACGAUCCUAUCUUUUUGGUUGUUGGAUUCAUCUUGACAGUUUCUCCCCCUGCUAUUCAGCUUACCCAAAUCACUCAGUUGAACGAGUUCUUCGAAGCAGAAAUGGCCAGGGUCUUGUUUUGGGGUUAUGUCGUUCUCACACUACCAAUUUCUAUCAUUAUUGUCACAGCAGCUAUCACAGUCUUACAAUGGGCUCGUUAA